GCGCGAGACGGCGGCAGCAAGAGCGCUGCUCGUUUGACAGCGGCUCGGGAAGAGGGAGCUGGUGCUAGAACCGGAGAACGGAGCAGAGGACCACAGGCUGUGAGGCUGCAGCAGGGAACGAGUCAGAGCACUGCCCGGAGACAGGAGACAAAAACCAACUCAUCCUCUUCUAUUCCUACAGCUGCGAGAAGAGAGAAAACCCUGUCCACGUUUGCUUUAACAGGUCUGAAGUCCUUCUCAGCAGUCAGAGUGUGUGGAUGAAUCCAACUGGAGGACGAAUCCCUUUGAUUGGAUCCCCAUAGCUGACUGACUGGUGUGGUGGAUACCCUGCUUGACCCCCACAUAGUCCUCAUUGUGGAGAGCUCUGACCAGGGGGGAAGAUUUUUAACGUGACACGCCGGACCAUGGACAGGAAGAGGAAAUGGGUGCUGAGCAGCGGUGCUUUGCUGGUGAUAUUCCUUGGUCGUAUGACCACAGCCUUAGAAGUGCCUCUUGACCCUAAGGUUCUGGAAGGAUUACCACAGCCUCCCACUAUAACCCACCAGUCCCCUAAGGAUUUCAUCAUCGACCCUCGGGAGAACAUCCUCAUCUACUGUGAGGCCAAAGGGAAGCCGCAUCCCAGCUUUUCCUGGACACGGAAUGGGACCCAUUUUGACGUGGAGAAGGACUCUAAGGUGUUGAUGAAGCCGAGCUCAGGGACGCUGGUCAUAGACAUCAGUGGGGAGAAGGCUGAGGCCUACGAGGGGAUCUACCAGUGUACCGCACGCAAUGAGCAUGGGACCGCUGUUUCCAACAACAUCUUCAUCAGACAGUCGAGGUCCCCCUUGUGGUCGAAGGAGAGGAAAGAGGCAAUCAUGGUACAGGUGGGAGUGUCUCUGGUGCUGCAGUGUCGACCGCCUGCAGGCCUGCCCCCUCCCAUCAUCUUCUGGAUGGACAACAACUUCCAGCGCCUGCCUCAGAACACGCGUGUGUCCCAGGCGUUAAAUGGAGACCUGUACUUCUCUAACGUCCUAUUGGACGACACCAGGAACGACUACAUCUGUUACGCCCGCUUCCCCCACACACAGACCAUCCAGCAGAAACAACCCAUCACUGUCAAAGUCCUGGACAACAGUCCAUCGGAGGAGCGGCGACCCAGCUUCAUGGCUCCUCUGGGGCGGAGCAGCACCCAGAUGGCCCUGAGGGGAGGGGUUCUGGAGCUAGAGUGUAUCGCUGAAGGACUUCCGACUCCGGAGGUGUCCUGGUAUAAGGAGAGUGGCGAUCUUCCUAGCAGCCGGAUGUCCUUCCACAACUUCCAGAAGACGUUGAAGAUCGCAGAUGUGAUGGAGGCGGACGCCGGGGACUACCGCUGCACGGCCAAGAACAGCCUAGGCUCCGCCCAUCACACCAUCAAAGUCAACGUCAAAGCGGCUCCGUUCUGGAUCAGUGCCCCCAGGAACCUGAUCCUGGCCCCGAAGGAGACGGGCAUCCUCACCUGCAGAGUCAGUGGAGACCCCAAGCCCCAAAUCGCCUGGUCCGUCAACGGAGUCCCCAUCGAAGACUCUCCAAAGGACACGAGUCGGAAGGUGGAGGACGACACAGUGAUUCUGAGCGACGUCCAGACCGGCUCCAGCGCUGUCUACCAGUGCAACGCCUCCAAUGAGUUUGGCUACCUGCUGGCUAAUGCUUUUGUCAAUGUGCUUGCCGAAGCACCAAGGGUGCUGACUCCCCCCAACAAUGUGUACCAGGUCAUCACCAACAAUCCUGCCUUCCUGGACUGUGCCUCGUUCGGCUCGCCCAUACCAACCAUCACAUGGUUUAAGGAAAGCCAGACAAGUAUCCUGAAUAGAGACCCAUAUGUGAUCCAUAAUAACGGUACCUUAGAGAUCAACGUAGCCCAGUCCCUGAACAGUGGCAAGUACACCUGUAUAGCCUCCAACAACCUGGGAACCAGGGAGAACCAUGUCUACUUGGAGGUCAAAGAGCCGACGAGGAUCCUGGCCCAGCCAGAGUACAUGGUGGUCCAGAGGAACAGGAAGGCCGUGUUUGAGUGUAAAGUUAAACACGACCCCACCCUCAUCCCCACCAUGAACUGGCUCAAAGACAACGGAGAGCUGCCUGACGACGAGAGGUUCUUGGUGGACACUGACAGUCUGACCAUCAACGAAGUGACAGAGGAGGACGAGGGAACCUACACCUGUGUCAUGAACACCACCCUGGACCAGGACUCAGCUAGCGCCAUGCUCACCGUCGUUGAGGCUACUCCAACUCCUGCUAUUGUCUACGAGGAACCAGACCCUCCUACAGACCUGGAGCUGACUGACCAGAGAGAGAGGAGCGUCCAGCUCACGUGGAUACCUGGAGACGAACACAACAGCCCCACACAGAAGUUCCUAGUCCAGUAUGAGGACCUGCUCCACCAGGCUGGGGUGUGGCACAACCUGACAGAGGAGGAGGGCACCAAGACCACAGCCCACCUGGACCUGUCCCCCUACGCCUACUACUCCUUCAGGGUUCUGGCCGUGAACCACGUGGGCUACAGCCAGCCCAGCCAGCCCUCCAGACAGUACAGGACCAACCCUGCAGCUCCAGAUGUGAAUCCAACAGAUGUCCAUGGUGUUGGAACUGAACAUAAUAACUUAGUCAUCUCAUGGAAGGAGCUGACAGGCCUCCAGUCCAAUGGACCAGGACUACAGUACAAGGUGAACUGGAGACAGAAGGAUGUGGAGGAGGACUGGUUGUCUGAGACCGUGGCUAACGCCUCCAAGUAUGUGGUGUCAGGCACGCCCACUUUCGUACCCUACGAGGUCAAAGUUCAGGCGGUGAACGACUACGGAAACGGACCAGCGCCUGAGGCGGUGGUGGGGUAUUCUGGAGAGGACGUGCCCAUGUCAGCCCCAGAGAGUGUCCAGGUGCUGGUUCAGAACGGGACGCUAGCAGAGGUUCACUGGGAGCCUGUCCUCACCUCCAUGGUCAGGGGACGACUCCAGGGCUACAAGGUGUCCUACUGGCGUGAACGUAGCCUCCACCAGGCAGAGGCUCAGCAGGAGGAGCAGCAGGUGUUGCUCUUCAGUGGGAACAGGACUGAUGGCAGACUACCAGGCCUCAAACCCUACAGCCUCUAUACACUGAACAUCAGGGUGGUCAACGGCAAGGGAGAGGGGCCCCCCAGCCCCAACCACAACUUUGAGACCCCAGAGGGAGUCCCUGGUCCUCCUUCCUUCUUGCGUAUAAAGAACACCGACAUGGACUCUCUGACGCUGGAGUGGGGUCCUCCACAGGACAACAAUGGUCGCCUCACCGGCUACACACUCAAAUACCAGCCAGUCAACAGCUCCAAUGAGCUUGGUCCCGUUGAGGAGAUGAUGUUCCCAGCCAAUGAGACCACCGUAAUCCUGGCCGACCUCAAGUACAGCACCCGCUAUAAGUUCUACUUCAACGCUAAGACCAUCAAGGGCUCCGGCCCAACCAUCACAGAGGAGGCUGUCACUAUCAUGGAUGAAGCCUUUAUUCAGCAACCCAUAGUAGAUGUGUUCAAAGGCUACACAGAACCCCAUCUUCCAAUCUCUCCCAUCACUCAGUCUCUGCGCCCCCCGUUUCACAAGGUGCGUCCGAUAGGCCCGGCGUUCACCAACGUAAACUCCUCUGUGGUGGGAGAGGAGGGAGCAGUGAUAAGUUGGGAAUACUUUGGACCAGAUAAGAAUGUGUAUGUGGAGUAUAUUGUAGAAAACAGUAAAGAAGACUGGACAAAAGAGUGUGUAAACGGCAGUAGCGGGUCUCAGACCUAUCUGAUAAAGGGCUUAAAGCCGGGGACGUCCUAUAGGGUUCGGCUGGUAGUUAAAGAUCACUCUGAGGCUACCAUACACAGUACAGAGGAGCUAGUGAUAACGCUGCCAGAAGCAAUGAAAAGCGACCAGGUAGACCUAGCCACUCAGGGUUGGUUCAUAGGGCUGAUGUGUGCCAUCGCUCUCCUCAUCCUCGUCCUUCUCAUCAUCUGCUUCAUCAAGAGGAACAAGGGAGGGAAAUACCCAGUGAAAGAAAAAGAGGAUGCUCAUCAAGACCCAGAGAUCCAGCCUAUGAAGGAUGAUGAUGGGACGUUUGGAGAGUACAGAACAUUUUACCAAGGAACAAGGAAACUCUCCCUUCCUGACUCCCUCGAGGCAAGACAGAAUCUACACCUCUCUGUGUUUAAUUAACAAGACAGAAUCUACACCUGUCUGUUUUUAAUUAACAAGACAGAAUCUACACCUGUCUGUUUUUAAUUAACAAGACAGAAUCUACACCUCUCUGUGUUUAAUUAACAAGACAGAAUCUACACCUGUCUGUUUUUAAUUAACAAGACAGAAUCUACACCUCUCUGUGUUUAAUUAACAAGACAGAAUCUACACCUCUCUGUGUUUAAUUAACAAGACAGAAUCUACACCUCUCUGUGUUUAAUUAACAAGACAGAAUCUACACCUCUCUGUGUUUAAUUAACAAGACAGAAUCUACACCUGUCUGUUUUUAAUUAACAAGACAGAAUCUACACCUGUCUGUUUUUAAUUAACAAGACAGAAUCUACACCUCUCUGUGUUUAAUUAACAAGACAGAAUCUACACCUCUCUGUGUUUAAUUAACAAGACAGAAUCUACACCUGUCUGUUUUUAAUUAACAAGACAGAAUCUACACCUCUGUUUUUAAUUAACAAGACAGAAUCUACACCUCUGUUUUUAAUUAACAAGACAGAAUCUACACCUCUGUUUUUAAUUAACAAGACAGAAUCUACACCUCUGUUUUUAAUUAACAAGACAGAAUCUACACCUCUGUUUUUAAUUAACAAGACAGAAUCUACACCUCUGUGUUUAAUUAACAAGACAGAAUCUACACCUGUCUGUUUUUAAUUAACAAGACAGAAUAUACACCUCUCUGUGUUUACUUAACAAGACAGAAUCUACACCUGUCUGUUUUUAAUUAACAAGACAGAAUAUACACCUCUGUGUGUUUAAUUAACAAGACAGAAUCUACACCUCUGUGUUUAAUUAACACUGUAAAUACUGUACUUUACACAUAUGAUUUCAUAAUAAAUCAAAGCAACUUUUAUACAUUAGUGUGUGUGUGUGCAAAUAGUAUGUAUUUUAAUGUAACAUUAAAAACAGCUGUCAUGCUAUCAUUGAUGAGAAGUUGUAUCAAGCUUUGCUGCUGAAAGUGUCUCAAUCUGCAUCUUGUGAUAUCAUCAUCAUACUUUGUGUGCCAAAUCUUUUUGGGUUUUUAGUUUUAAGUUAGUACAGUAAUAAUAAUUGUGGCGCUUCAAACGUGUUGACUGAUAUCAGGCUGCCACUGUAAUACAUGGGUUGACUGUUUGAUAUCAGGCUGCUACUGUAAUACAUGGGUUGACUGUUUGAUAUCAGGCUGCUACUGUAAUACAUGGGUUGACUGUUUGAUAUCAGGCUGCUACUGUAAUACAUGGGUUGACUGUUUGAUAUCAGGCUGCCACUGUAAUACAUGGGUUGACUGUUUGAUAUCAGGCUGCCACUGUAAUACAUGGGUUGACUGUUUGAUAUCAGGCUGCUACUGUAAUACAUGGGUUGACUGUUUGAAAUCAGGCUGCCACUGUAAUACAUGGGUUGACUGUUUGAUAUCAGGCUGCUACUGUAAUACAUGGGUUGACUGUUUGAUAUCAGGCUGCUACUGUAAUACAUGGGUUGACUGUUUGAUAUCAGGCUGCUACUGUAACACAUGGGUUGACUGUUUGAAAUCAGGCUGCUACUGUAAUACAUGGGUUGACUGUUUGAUAUCAGGCUGCUACUGUAAUACAUGGGUUGACUGUUUGAUAUCAGGCUGCUACUGUAAUACAUGGGUUGACUGUUUGAUAUCAGGCUGCUACUGUAAUACAUGGGUUGACUGUUUGAUAUCAGGCUGCUACUGUAACACAUGGGUUGACUGUUUGAUAUCAGGCUGCUACUGUAAUACAUGGGUUGACUGUUUGAUAUCAGGCUGCUACUGUAAUAAAGCACAUAGCAGAAUGUAUUUUCUCAUCCACCACUCUUCAUGUGUUCCUC